AUGACCAGUCCGACGCUGUCCCCUGGGCAGAAGAUCGAACUCAACGACUUACGGGUGGGUAUCGUGCGCUACGUCGGCACCACAUCCUUCCAGACCGGCGAGUGGAUCGGAGUCGAGCUCGAGCAAGCAAGUGGGAAGAACGACGGCUCCGUCCAAGGGAAACGCUACUUCGAGUGCCCAUCUGGUCACGGUAUCUUCUGUCGAGCUUCUGGCGUGAAUCGUGUGCUGGAAGAGGCGAAAGCCAAGGCAAAAGCAGCGACAAAUGGAGCUCCAGCGAAGGGCAGGCCGAGCAGCGUACAAAGGGCCCCCAAUGGCGCACGGAGGCAGACAUUACAACAAGAUGCUGCACGGAGAGGUAGCGCCGUUCCCAGCACGCCAACACCAGCUACAAGGCCAGGAAGUGGUGUUCGUUCGCCCGUGAAGUCUCCGACGAAACAGCUUGCUACGAAUGGCACCUCCAGCGCCUCCACGUCGCGGACAGGUACCCCGCCUGCUGCUGGAAAGAAGCCAGCAACCGAUAUUGCUGGGAAACACAGUCGGUCAAGCGUCGCGCCGCCAAGUACCACGGGUGCAGGCCGUAGGACAUCCACAUUACCUCCAGCAACGGGUCCCGGCGCACAACGGAAUUCGCGACAACCUGCUUCGUCUACCGCGACUGCACGGGCUCCAACUUCUCGUCUUGUCUCAGGCAGUGCCGCUGUUGCACGUCCUGCUGCACGGCCCGGCAUUCGACAGAGAUUGGAGGCGGCGAGGAAGGAAACCGCUACAGAUGAAACCAGCGAGCGUUCAAGCAUUGUCUCCCCUCGUGAGAGUACAGAGUCAGAAGCUGCGAGUACUUCGGAACUGGCCAGCCAUGAGGGUACUGAAGACGGUGACGCCGACCGGGACGAUACCAUUCGACCUAAUUUUGCACCACCACCGGUACCACCCAUACCGCCAGAACCAGCCGAACGGCCAGGUAGACAACGGAGGCCAUCCUCUGUAGGCGCUACCUCAGUUCAUUCUCAACGUACCGUUCGCAGCACCGCUGCAGCCGGACGUCAGAUUGAGGAGUUGGAGGCGAAGUUGCGAUUAAUGGAACGCAAACGUAACGAAGAUCGAGAGCUCAAGCAGAAAUUGGAAAAGGCGGAACAAGAGCGGGACCAAUACAAAGGCAUCAUUGAGAAGCUGCAAAACAAAUAUCGACCUCAGCAAGCGGAGAUGGACAGAAUCAAGAAGGAGCUCGCUGAUUUUGAGAAGCGGUAUAACGAGGCAGAAGAGUCGAAGGCCAGGCAAGAGCUUGAAUUCGAAUCGGCAGUCCUAGAUCGCGAGUUUGCCGAAGAGCAAGCUGAACAAUACAAGACUGAGUUGGAAAUUCUGCAAGAUCAGAGUGCCAACGAUAAAAUGGAGCUAGAACUCCUGAGAGAAGAGAACAGCGAGCUCAGCAAAGAGAUGAGUCCCGAAGAGCGGACUAGUGCUGGAUGGAUGCAAUUGGAGAAGAGCAACGAGAGACUGAGAGAAGCACUUAUCAGCUUGCGCGACAUUGCACACGACAAAGAGGCUGAGCUUAAGGAGCAGAUGAGUGGAUUAGAGAAGCAAGUUCAGGAAUCGGAGCCCUUGCAGAAGCAAUACGAAGAGACCAGGGAGGAGUUGCUGAGAAGUCAAGCCAACAUCGACGAUUUACGAGAACAGUUAGAGCUCGCUGGUGAUGCUGAAAUCCACCUUGAGCAGCUGGGAGAGGAAAUCGAGCGUCUUAGGCACAGGGAAAACGACCUUAAAGCAGCUAUUGAGGACCUCGAAGCGCUUCGCGAACUGAACGACGAACUGGAGAUAAAUCAUGUGGAAGCGGAGAAGCAAUUGCAAGAGGAGAUUGACUUCAAAGACAGCUUGCUUCUCGAUCGAGAGCGGACAGCUAAGGAACAGCAAGCCGCUUUGGACGAAGCCGAUUACAAUAUCAACCGCUUCCGUGAGCUUGUCACGCAACUGCAGAGCGAUUUGCAGGACCUCCAAGCUAGCAAACAGAUCUCAGAAUCGGAAGCAGCGCAAUUGUCGGGCAAGUCGCGAGCAAUGAUGGAGCUGAACCAAAAGCUUCAGUCCAGCGCGGCAAAGACGCAAGUAAAGACCAUUGACUUGGAAUUGCGGAAGCUGGACGCACAAGAAGCAUCUGAGCACUUGUCCAUUGUGCAACUAUUCCUUCCAGAUUCGUUUACGGCAGAAAAGGACAGCGUUCUGGCUUUGUUGCGUUUCAAGCGCAUUGGGUUCAAAGCCAACCUAGUGCAAAGCUUCGUGAAAGAGCGCAUUGCUUCAUUUGGCACCCGUGGUCAAGAUGAGGAUGUGUUUGCUGCGUGCGAUGCCGCGGACAAGCUCACGUGGGUUUCUGGAAUGGCAGAUCGUCUUGUCUACGCAAUCAGCAGCUGCAGCAUCCAGGCGUUUGAGCAGUACGGAGGGGCUCUGUACGAGCUUGAGGUGGUCGAACGUACCCUGAACGAUUUUGUUGAUGCUCUGCGAAGAGAUGAACUCAAAGAAAGCGAGAUGACGGUUCGACUUGGCCGCUCUAUUGAAGUCAUGACACAUCUCUCGAGUCUUCACAUCCGGGAUGGCCUAGCCGAGCAUUCUGACGACCUCAUCAUGCGAAUGUCGGUUCUGCAGAGCCGACUGGACAGUGCAACAUCCGCUCUGACUCUUGCAAGGUCGAUGGUCGAGAAGCACUUAUCGACAACGAACGACGACGAAGAAUCAGAAGACGAAGGCAUCUCCGACACUGCCCUCAUUCUGAACAGGUUGAAUGCUAUCGUUGAGAUUGCCAGGCACGGCAAGGUUGCAUCCGGCAAGACACACAGGGCGCUGUUGGAUCUGCAAGCUCGUUCUUUAACUCUGGAGGAGUCACUCACAGAGCAAUUCGAGAGCGCAGAGAAUGUCGCUGCGGAAAUUACAGCAUACGCCUGUCAGAGCGGUGCCGGUCUUCAGGAGCUGUUUGGCGAAGAGGGCCGCAUCGAGCCUCCCACUCCUUCGGAGGUGGCAAGCUCACUAUCACAAGCCGCGAAGACAGUCUUCUCCCUCUCAGAAUCCGAAGCUGGCCCAUAUGCUACUCUGAAUGGCAGGCUGCGCGAUCUCAGCACGCUUCUUGCAGAUCUCUCGAACUUGCCAACUGAUCUGGACAAUACCGUCGAGUUUGAGAGAGCUCCCGCACCCUGGAUCGCAAGAGCUGACGAGCUCAAGCAGACCAAGAUCACAUCUGUCGACAUUGAAGCUGAGCUUGCUCGUACUCUGGAAAGCGUUCGGGAGCGCGACGACGUUAUUAGACAGAAGGAGAAGGAGCUCGAGGAAUACAGUGUCAAGGUGGAAACGCUCGAGGCCCGCAUGAAGGAUGCAAGCAAACGAUCGGCCAAGAUUGCCGAACUGGAGCGCAGUCUGCGCGAGGCAAAGGAGAGCGAAGGGUUGGCUAAGCGGGAGCUGGCGCAAGCCAAGCAGGAAGCCCAGCAUGAUGUGGAUCGCGUGCGUGAAGAAAUGGCACGGUUUGCUGACGAGCACAAGAGUACUAGGACUGGCAAUGACCUCGAUGGAAACGCCAUGGGCGCCAGCGUGCGGAUUACCAUGAAACGUCAAGAGCACAAGAUCGCUGGGUUGGAGAGUGCGGUCAGGUACCUCAAUGAGGUCAACAAUCGCCUUCGUCUACCGGCCGCCGAUGCUCCUCUCGCUGUGAAAGCUGGCCUCGACUGGCUGCACGGGCCUUUGAAUGGUAGCAGUCGGAAGCCAACGCACAGCUCAGUACACCGUGAAGGGGAGCGAGCUCUGCAGCGACUGGUGGCCUUAGCCACCUUACCACCCAGCGUGGACCUGAGUAAGAUGCCCGAGAACAAAUUGGCGUGGAGACCAGUCAAGGAGAGCAGUCGAUGGAGAGUCGAACGACGAAAUGAAGAAUGGGCUGAGUGGAAGCAAUGGAGAGAGGACAUUCUCCGAAAUGUGGGCAUGCCCCGGGGUGGCAGAGGCCUCGGUGAGCAUCGGAUCAAUGGUGCUGAAGGUACUGCCAUAGCCGAGUCUGCAGCAUAG